GCCAAGGGCAGCGUGUACGAGGGCAAGUGGAAGGAGGGCAAGAAGUGGGGCUACGGCACGGCGCGCUACGCCAGCGGCAACGUGUACGAGGGCGAGUGGAAGGCGAACGAGAAGGAGGGCAAGGGCAAGAUGUGGUACGCCAACGGCAACGUGUACGAGGGCGAUUUCAAGGCGGACAGGAAGGAGGGCAAGGGCAAGAUGUGGUACGCCAGCGGCAACGUGUACGUGGGCGAUUUCAAGGCGGACGUCAGGGCGGGGAAGGGCAGGUUGCGCUACAAAAGCGGCAAGGUGCAAGUGGGCCGCUACGAGGGCGACAAACUGGUGGGC